GUUUGGAUAACACAGAAUUUCAAAACUCAUAGCAUUUUUUUCUUACACAAAAUGAAUGAUAAACCCUUCCAAUAAUCCAAACCCAUAAAAAUGUCCUCCUCAAUUCUCCUUCUUCCUCUCUUUCACUCUCCAAAAACAACCUCACUUCAAAAACCCCAAACAACCCUUUCUAAAUCAAACACAACAACCUCAAAACGACACAUAACAACUCCUAAAGCUUCCACAACAGAAACACAAUCCCAAACCUUAAAACGACGCAACAAAAAAAACAACACACCUCAAAACGACACAACACAAGAACAAGAACAUGAACAAGAAUUUGAAGAUUACGACGACGGAAUUGAUUUCCCAUACGAUGACCCACCGUUAAUAUGCUGUUUCGGAGCAGCACAGAGGGAGUUUCUACCUACGGUGCGUGUGCAGGAGUUUCCAAUGGACCCAGAUAUAUACACAGAAUGGAAGAUGUUACAAUGGAAGCCGCCGGAGUUUGCGCGAGCACCUGGUGGGCCGCCGUCGAAUGUGGCGGUGGCCCAUGUCAGGCUUGGCGGACGGGCGGCUUUGUUGGGGAAAGUUGGGGAGGAUGAGUUUGGGGAGGAGAUUGUUUUGGGGAUGAAUAAGGAGAAGGUGCAGACUAGAGGGGUGAAGUUUGAUUCGGGGUUUCGGACUGGGUGUAGUUAUAUGAAGGUGAAGUUUGAUGAUGAUGGGAAGAUGGGGAUGGAGAUUGUUAAGGAAUGUGCUGAGGAUUCUCUUAGGAGUGAUGAAUUGAAUCUUGCUGUUUUGAAAGAGGCUAGGAUUUUCCAUUUCAAUUCAGAAGUUCUAACAUCCCUUUCUAUGGAAUCAACUCUGUUCAAAGCAAUUAAGUGGUUUAAGAAGUUCGGUGGCCUUGUCUUUUUUGAUAUAAACUUGCCAUUACCUCUGUGGAGAUCACGCGACGAGACUCGAGAAAUAAUCAAGAAAGCAUGGCAAGAAGCAGACAUCAUUGAAGUUUCAAGAACCGAGCUAGAAUUCCUUCUAGACGAAGAACAUUAUGAGAGGAAGAGAAAUUAUAAACCACAAUACUACGCCGAAGAGUACGAACAAACCAAGAAUCAUCAAGAGUAUUACCAUUAUACUGCCGAGGAUAUCUCGCCUUUGUGGCAUGAUGGUCUUAAGUUCUUGUUUGUGACCGAUGGAACAAUUAGAAUUCACUAUUAUACCCCUUCCUUUGACGGGGUUGUGGUUGGAACAGAAGACGUGCUCAUAACUCCUUAUACUUGCGAUAGAACUGGCUCGGGUGAUGCUAUUGUGGCUGCUAUUAUGAGAAAACUAACCACUUGUCCAGAAAUGUUUGAAGACCAAGAUGUUUUGGAGAGACAGCUACGUUUUGCUGUUGCAGCCGGAAUUAUAUCGCAAUGGACUAUCGGUGGAGUUAGAGGUUUUCCUACUGAAAGUGCUGCUCAGAAUCUGAAAGAACAAGUUUAUGUACCUUCAAUGUGGUGAUAAAAAUUGUUUGUGCAACGAGAAUAGAAAAUUUAGCAGUGUCAUUAAGCAUUAGAUUGUAGUUAAUUGUUUCAUUGUUUAUUUAUGUAUCCUUUCUAGGAGUGAUAGUUUCAUCGCAAAUGGGAGCAAGCAGAAGAACACAACCUUAUACAGAACUUGUUUAGGUGGAAGGUGUCCACUCUAAACUUUGUAGUUGAGAAUUGAAAUGUUUAUGUACCCUAUUUUUGUAAGGGGUUUGUAGUUUGUGCUUCUAAUACUUGUCACUUCCUUAUUGUUUGUGUUCUGCUUUAGUUUUAUGUGCCCUCCUGCAAUCAAUACAUGCUAGAUUACAUGUUUA